AUGAACGUUGUUCCGGCCGAAGAGAUAGAACGUUACUCUGAAGACCCAUUCAAUUGGCGUGUGAUUCGGCUCAGAGAACGUUCUAAUGAGUACUCUGUCCGCAAGGAUUAUACAGUGACUAUGGUGACGUAUAACAUAAACGAGAAAAUGAUCGAACCAAAAGGAUUUGCAUACAUCCUCGACUCUCAAAAAGAAGCAACCGACUUUCUCUUUAUCGCAGUUGAAGAGAUCGAUAUGAGCGUCACCGGAUUUUUAAAGGGAAGUGCACUCACACCAAAAGCUGUUGACUUGUCGUAUAACGUCCAAAGUGGACUUGCGGCAUUGAACAAAGCGAAGUACACCAAACUCACUGUUCUUCAAUUAGGCGGAGUCGUUUUGAUGGGGUUUUGUAAGGAAGAGAUUCGAGACAAAGUAAAGGAGGAAGGAUCCGGGUGCGAGGCAGUGGGUGCGAUGGGUAUAAUGGCAAACAAAGGAGGGAUAGCGUAUUCAUUCAAAAUACAUGACACACAGAUUUGUGUAGUUGGAGCGCACUUAGCUGCGAUGCAAGGGGAAGUGGAGAAGCGCAAUUCCAACUUUAAUGAUAUCUUCCACAACAUUGUGAUAUUCCCAAUCAACGAAAGCGCGGAGUUUAAACGCAAAACUAUAGAGAGCCAUGACAUUGUGUUUUGGAUGGGAGAUUUGAAUUAUCGACUUGACGAAGAAGACAGUGUCAUUCGCGAGAAGAUCAAGAGUAAAACAGCGUAUGAAUUAGUGCCUGAAAAAGAUCAGCUCGUUGUACAAAGACGAAUAGUCCCACUUCUUGGUCAAUUCACGGAGGCUCCUAUCAACUUUUUGCCGACUUAUAAAUUUGUUAUUGGGACACAAGAAUACCACGAAAAGAGAAAGCCUGCGUACUGCGACAGAGUGUUGUUUAAGUGUGAAAAGGGGUUGAGUGUGUCGUGUUAUGACUAUCUUUCAAAACCCGACUUAAUAGAGUCGGACCACAAGCCGGUCAAGGGAUGUUUCCGGUUUGAAACGCGAAGCAUUAUCCCCGAGAAGUAUAAAAACGUCGAGAAAGAACUUGUCGAUAUGGAAGACAAACUCCUCAAGAUUGUGAAGCCAUCUGUUGCGAUAGACAGACAGGAAUUCACUGUGGAAGUGUAUCCAUACCAAAGGACAGACGUUGUGUUGUUGGCACAGAACGACGGGAAUGUUAAAGCCAAUGUUUGUAUUCGAGACCCAAAGUUGGAGAAGAGUGGAGGGUUUCCGUCAUGGCUGAAAGUCACGCCGAACAAAUUUGAGUUUUCAAAGAACGACAUUUUACCGAAGAGCGUGACAUUCAGUUUUUUGUUUGAUUUUGUGGAGCACAUGGAAAUGUUCCAAAAGGGAGAAAAGAACUUUUUGUUGGUGUUUGAGAUCCAAGGAGGAAAGACUCUGUUCAUUACUUUCAAAAUUGUGUUGAAAAAGACGUGUCUCUGCAAAUCAAUAGAAGACCUAAACAAACAUUCGAAUGGGUAUGUCUUAAAUCAACCCAACUCCACGAACCAAAUCAUCCCUAAAGAGGUCUGGAGACUCUGUGGAUUCAUUGUGCCACAUUUGGGGGAGAAAAAUUUGUUCACGACAUUCCCAUCAGAAGAGAACACACAAAGCUAUUUGGACAUAUUAAGGGCUUUGGAUUUACACGAAGAGUUUAAGAAGAAUACCGACGUGAAAAGAGUCAUUGAAUUCUUGGCAGUCUUCUUAAUGAAUUUAACAGAAUCAAUUAUUCCAUCAAGUCUGUAUGAUCAAGUCGUACUAUCAAGUGAUAAAGUCGAAGUCGAUUCUGAAAGGUUCUUCGUGAGAAAUAAGAACCAAAUGCCCACAUGCAAUUACAAUUUGUUUGUCUACAUGAUUUCAUUCAUUAAAGAAGUCCUAAAGAAAAAUGGCGAACUUGUCUCUGAAAAUGUUAUUAGGUACUUCACUCAUUCGUUCGUUAGACCAGCUGACGGUGUGAAGAGACAGUGUGAUGCUCGUAAUAUUGAGAAGUUCCUCCUCAAAUUUGUCUAA